GUGUCAGCUCUGCGGUGAGUGCACGUGAGAGGGAGACAGUCUAUUGGGAGCCUUGAGAAUGGGCAGCAUCGCUGAAUCCGUUUGACGUUAUGUGCCAAGACUGAAGCUGAUCAUCUUUCAGAGUUGGAUAGAAGAGAAUCGUCCGGUGGACAGAGGAAGUGGACGGAUCUGAAGAAACGCGUGCGGUCGCAGUGCGGCGACGAAGAUGGCGAACUCAAGGAUGGACGAUUUCUGCGGAUCCGAAUUUUGGAAUUUAAAUGUGUCUUGGUAUACCGAGGAUCCGGAUUUGACGAAAUGCUUUGAGAAGACGGUGCUUAUUUGGACGCCGUGCUUAUUCCUGUGGCUCUUCUCCUGCUUGGAGGUCUUCUACAUAGUGGACAGCAAGUACAGGGACAUCCCGUGGAAUAUCCUCAAUGUCAGCAAGCUCUUCGUCAACGGCGUUCUCCUCGUCCUCACUAUCAGCGAUUUGGGUUACGCGAUCAAAGGGACCGUCGAUGAGAACGUCGUAGUCUACAACGUUGAUAUCUACAGUCCAGUUAUCAAAUUGCUAACAUUUUCGCUCGCUGCGGUUCUGCUCUUCUACAACCGGAAACAUGGUCAGCGAACUUCCGGUUUGCAGUUCCUCUUUUGGUUCCUGUGCGCCCUGUGCGGCGCCGCCCAAUUCCGCACGGAAAUACGGGAAUCGAAUACAACGGAUUACUAUUUCAUAAGUUACAUCAUCUAUUAUGUUUGCGUGCUCUUGAUGUUCUUCCUGAAUUGGUUCGCCGAUCAAGCACCGAGGCAAAGCUUCUACCCUAAACUAGAAAAACCAUGUCCAGAGGAAUCGGGCGGCUUUCUGUCGCGUCUGAUGUUUUCCUGGUUCGAUCGUUUGGCGUGGCUCGGGUUCAGGAAACCCUUGGAGACUACAGAUUUAUGGGACAUGAAGGCCGAGGAUUCUGCCAAAAUCGUCACAGCGCAGUUCGAAAAACAUUGGCAGCACACCAAAUCGAAAUACGAAAAAUCAAAUGCAUCGUACAAAUCGGAUUCGGCCCGUGUGGACUUUGUGAGCGGUUCCAAGAAAAAGAAAUCCGCUUCGAUCCUUCCAGCUUUAAUCAAAUCGUUCGGGCCUACGUUCUUGUUUGGGGCAAUGCUGAAGUUGAUGCAGGACAUCCUGGCUUUCGUCAGUCCACAGAUUUUAAAGUUGUUGAUCUCGUUUGUUGAAAACAAAGAGUAUUCGUGGAGAGGUUUCCUUUAUGCGGGUCUUCUGUUUGGCACUGCCAUAGUACAAACGUUGAUCCUGUCGCAGUACUUCAAUAGGAUGUUCAUAGUUGGCAUGAGGAUUAGAACUGCCCUGGUAGCGGCAAUCUAUAAGAAGGCUUUGAGGAUGUCGAAUUCCGCGCGCAAAGCUAGCACGGUUGGAGAAAUCGUGAAUUUGAUGUCCGUCGACGCGCAGAAAUUCGUCGAGCUCACUGCGUACUUAAACAUGAUUUGGUCAGCGCCUUUCCAAAUCAUCUUGGCAUUGUACUUCCUGUGGCAAGUCCUCGGACCGUCCGUUCUCGCCGGAUUAGCGGUCAUGAUAAUCUUGAUCCCAGUGAACGGCUUCAUCGCAAACAGGGUGAAAGAUCUGCAGAUUAAGCAAAUGAAGAACAAAGAUGAGCGUGUCAAGCUUAUGAACGAGAUCCUCAGCGGUAUAAAAGUACUUAAACUUUACGCAUGGGAACCGAGCUUCGAGGCUCAAGUGCUGAAGAUCAGGACGAAAGAGAUGAAAGUACUUAAACAGGCGGCGUAUCUUAAUGCGGGGACUUCGUUCAUCUGGUCCUGCGCUCCAUUCCUGGUUUCUCUAGUAUCUUUUGCUACAUUCGUAAUGGUGGACGAGGAUAAUGUGCUAGACGCAUCCACAGCAUUUGUUUCCUUAUCACUCUUCAACAUUUUGCGUUUUCCGCUCAGCAUGUUGCCAAUGAUGAUCUCCAACAUGGUUCAAGCUGGAGUUUCGGUGAAGAGGAUCAACAAAUUCAUGAACUGCGAAGAAUUGGAUCCUGAAAGCGUAUCCCAUGACGCCGGAGAGAGUGAUCCACUGGUGAUUGAAAAUGGAGAUUUCGAUUGGGGCGAAGGGCCUACAUUGAAGAACAUCAAUUUGCGUUUGAAGAAGAAAUCUUUGACUGCUGUCGUCGGUACUGUUGGUUCGGGCAAGAGCAGUUUGAUUUCCGCGUUUUUGGGUGAGAUGGAUAAAACGUCGGGAAGAGUUAACACCGUCGGCUCCGUGGCUUACGUCUCGCAGCAGGCUUGGAUCCAAAACGCGACCCUACAGGAUAACGUGUUGUUUGGGAAACCGCUGAACAAGAAGCUUUACGAUAACAUCAUCGAAGCUUGCGCUUUGAAAGCUGAUUUUGAUAUGUUGCCGGCCGGCGAUCAGACUGAGAUCGGUGAGAAGGGUAUCAAUUUAUCCGGUGGUCAAAAGCAGAGGAUCAGUUUGGCUCGUGCCGUCUACGCGAACUCCGAUAUUUACUUCUUGGAUGAUCCAUUGAGCGCCGUGGACAGUCACGUCGGUAAACACAUCUUCGAGAAAGUCCUUGGCCCUCAUGGUUUGCUCAAGCACAAGACGAGAGUUCUGGUUACUCAUGGAAUAACGUACUUACCUCAAACCGAUAAGAUCGUGGUUCUGAUGCAAGGAGAAGUCUCGGAGGUCGGCACCUACCAGGAGUUGCUGGACAAGAAGGGUGCAUUUGCAGAGUUCUUAAUCCAACACGUGAAUGAAGCCGUCGAAGCUGAAGACGAUGAUGGUUUGGAUGAAUUGCAAAAUCAAUUGGGAUCUAUCCCAGUUCCCGAAGAGAUCUCUCGGAAAAUUCAGCGCGCCAGGUCGCACGUUUCCGAAUCCAUUUCCGAAACUGGUUCCGAGAAGACGAACGGUUCUCUGCAACGGCAAAAGUCGUCCGAUUCCGGUGGAGUUCGGCACAGGUCGAGUUCUUCCGUGGAAGUGCAGGACGCUAAGAAACUUGUCGGAGAGAAACUUAUAGAAGUGGAGAAGGCGGAGACGGGAAGCGUGAAAUGGAGCGUCUACAAGCAUUACCUGAUGUCCAUAGGUUUAGGUUUAACAGUGAUCACGCUCCUUCUCAACAUGGUCUUCCAAGGCUUCAGCAUAGGUUCCAACAUGUGGCUGAGUAAAUGGUCCACGGACGAGGAUAUGAUGCUCAACGGAACUGGAACCAUAAAUAAGGAUAAAAGGGAUUUGUAUUUGGGCGUGUACGGCGCGCUCGGCAUCGGACAAGCGUUUGGUUCUAUUGUGGCGGAUCUAAUGCCCCGUUUGGGUUGCUGGUAUGCCGCCAGGGCAAUGCACAACUCUAUGCUUCUAAACCUAAUGAAAGUGCCGCUCUCAUUUUACGAUAUCACGCCAUCCGGCAGAAUCCUGGCCAGAUUUUCGAAAGACGUCGACGAAUUAGACACUAGCAUGCCGUUUCUCAUAUCUGACGGAGUGUACUGUUUCUUUGAGGUCAUUGCUACGCUGUUCGUGAUCAGCUACACCACUCCCAAAUUCGCUGCAGUUAUCGUGCCGAUAGGCAUCAUCUACUACUUCAUUCAGAGAUUCUACGUUGCGACUUCCAGACAGUUGAAACGUCUGGAAUCCGUCUCGAGGUCUCCGAUUUACUCGCAUUUCGGCGAGAGCGUCACGGGAGCCGUCGCAAUCAGAGCUUUCGGUGAGGAGGCGAGGUUCAUCAGCGAAUCCGAAGCGAAGGUGGACUUCAAUCAGAUAUGCUAUCAUCCAAGCAUCAUCGCGAACAGGUGGCUCGCCGUGCGUUUAGAGAUGGUCGGUAACUUGAUCAUCCUCUUCGCAGCGUUGUUCGUCGUCCUCGGACGUGACGAGGAGCAGAGUGCUGGACUUGUUGGAUUGUCUAUUAGUUAUGCGUUACAAGUCACACAAACGUUGAAUUGGUUGGUCCGAAUGACGUCGGACGUGGAAACUAACAUCGUAGCGGUGGAAAGGAUAAAGGAGUACGGGGAGACGGCUCAAGAAGCUCCUUGGGAGAUCGAGAACAAAACUCCAUCCUCGCUGUGGCCGGAAACAGGAAGUGUUGAAUUCAAAGAUUACUCUGUUAGAUAUCGCGAGGGAUUGGAUUUAGUCCUGAAGAGGGUUAACUUUUCUGUGAGAGGUGGAGAAAAGGUCGGAAUUGUUGGAAGGACUGGAGCAGGAAAAUCCAGUUUGACCUUAUCUCUAUUCAGGAUAAUUGAAGCGGCCGAAGGAGAAAUCGCCAUUGAUGGUAUAAACAUCUCGCAAUUGGGUCUUCACGCGUUGCGUUCCCGCUUAACUAUCAUUCCGCAGGACGCCGUCCUCUUCUCAGGCACUUUGAGGAUGAAUCUGGAUCCAUUCGAUAGGCAUACCGAUCAAGAGGUGUGGACCGCUCUGGAUCAAGCCCAUCUGAAGAACUUUGUCAAAGGAUUAUCCGCCGGUUUGAAUCACGAAGUAUCUGAAGGCGGUGAAAAUCUUUCCGUCGGGCAAAGGCAGUUGAUCUGUUUGAGCAGAGCUUUGCUGAGGAAGACGAAGGUGCUCGUCUUGGAUGAAGCUACUGCCGCCGUGGAUUUGGAAACCGACGACCUGAUCCAAAGGACCAUCAGAACAGAGUUCAAGGAUUGCACCGUCCUCACCAUCGCUCACAGAUUGAACACGAUCAUGGAUUCGGAUCGAGUCAUCGUCUUGGAUAAGGGUACCAUAGUCGAGUUUGACUCUCCGCCACGGCUUCUGCAAAAUAGAGGCUCGAUCUUCUACAGCAUGUGCCGCGAUGCUGGCUUAGCCUAGAAACAACUGUACCCUACCAAACUUCAUACUUUUACGUUUUUACGUCGUUUUUACUUAAUUUAGAUUAUUAUUAUUUUUUAGUUCGUUUUUAAUUGGAACACACAUCACAUCGUCGAUUUUUCUAUCCAUUUUAUAUAUAUAAUUAAUGUUUUUAAACUCUUGCCAGUAACAAUGCAUAUAUAUUGUUGGAUUUCUUUGAUUUUGACCGCACAUAUGGAUGUUGAUGAUGAUGAUUUUGAAACGGAGGGGGAUAAGUAUUAAUAGUUAAUUGCUUUCUUGUAUUCUGUGAUGUUCCGGACCAGUGUGUUUCUGGUAAUGGGAUAACAAACAUUAUUAGGAUCAAAUACUCUUGAUUUCUUUCUUUCUACGUAUAUUUUUUUUUCUAUUGUAAUUCGUUUUGUUUUAUACGAAAUUGCGAAUCUAUCACAAUGUAAACAGAUGUAACAUGUUUUUAUUUCGUUUUUAUUAGUUAUUAAUUAAU